AUGUUCAUUGAACUUUUUGGCUAUGAACAAAACCUUUUAGAAUACAACGAAGAGAGUUGUCUUGGAGAAAUAACACCAAUAAAAGAAGUUUGUUCAAACGCAAGUCAGACGAAAACAAUUGAACUUUGCAGUGGUAUUAAUGGUGCGACGGUUGUGCCUAUUUUGAAGGGAAUUCAGUGCAAUGGAGAUCUCAAAAUUAAGACAUUUCAGAACCAAAAGAAAAACGGAAUUUGCGAUAUGUUGUACUCUAUCAACGAAACAAAGGCACAAAUAUCUGCUUUAAUUUGGAAGAAAAAAGAGGAGAAAGGCGUGGAAAGUGAAAAGAAAAAGUAUGUGUUUGGAACUGUGUUUAUUAUGCUUGAAAAACAAUGCAAAUAUUGA